UAGGCGGCCACGGGACUCUGGUCUGCAUCCAGCCCCUCACAGCCGCCAUGAGCUGGCCCCGGGCCCCUGGCCCCAACGAGGACUCUCUUGAGACCCUCCUUGAAGACCUCAUCAGUUUCUACCUGGAGGGGGCAGGAGAGGGCCAGCUCGGGGUCUGCAGGCAAGCCACUCUCACCAGCAGGGCCCAGCAGCUCCUGGACACAGGGCCCCCUCUUCAGCUCUACCUGCCUGAGGAGGUGGCCCCUAACUCGGGGGCUCCCUGCUCUGCCCACCAUAUCAACCACAAACUGGUGCGGGCGCUGGAGUUCCUGGAAUUGGUCUCUAUCCACCUGCUCCUGUUUCCCUGGAGGAAGGAAAUCAGGUCCCUGAAGACGUACACAGGGAGCUUUGCCUACUGGGUGCGGCCUGCGCUUUCAGAACACACGCUGCACACCCUCCUGGGCCGGCUGGGCUACAUGGCCACCUCCGAGGUCGAGUUUUCCCUGGUCCAGCCUCUCAGCAAGGAGGACACCAAACAGAUGGUGUUUGAGAUCUUCCUGACGAGAGUCGCGUGUGAGGCCGUUCUCAGGACCCCGGGCAGGCAGCUCCUCGGGCCGGGCAGAGAGAGGGUGGCCGUGCCCCACCAUAGGCCUGGCUCAGAGAUGGGGCUGCAGGAGACCCCGUGGGAGGCCCAGCUUGGCCCAGAUCCCUCAGCAGGGGUGGGAACUGAGAGCGUCCUGGCCGAACGCCCUGAUGCUCAGUGCUGCCUGCCUGUGGCUUUGAACCUGCCUGAGGUCUCGACAGCCCCCCAUGGACUCCUGACUGGCCCCCUGGUCCCCUCGGGCCCCCUGCACUGUGCCAGCACAUGCUCCGACAGUGAGGAGUUCCUGACUUGCUACAGCGACCUCGCACUGCACCAGACACCCUUGCUCCCCUGGGACCAGCCCUGGAGCAGCCUGGAAGGGAAGCAACUCCAGGGCCCAGGCCCCGGGCCUGGCCCAGCUCCGGGGGAGGUGGCCGCUGCCUCAGGUAGCAGUGGUGAGCAGCCCUGGGUCCCCGACAGGGCUUCUGAGUGUAUAGGGGCCACCAUCCCCAGCCAGCUCCGCCAGAGGCCCGGGUCCUAUCUGUCAGAGAAUUCCUUGGCCCCAAAGCCAAAUGCUCUGCCAGAUUCAGCUGCCCUCGGCAUGGACACUGAGCCUCCAAGCGCUUCCUUGGAGAUGGACAAGCUCUGUGAGCACCUCACCCACCUCCUCAGAACCUCAACUCCAGCGGGCUAUCUGGGGGACGCCCCUGGCCCCAGUGUUGAGGAGGAGGGACAGUCGGAGCUUCUCGUGGGGCCAGAGCCAGCCAGCGAAGGCGGCAGCCCAGACGGUAGAGUUGCUCUGCUCUGGAGGUCUCCGCAGGCCCCCACUUCAUGUACAAGAGCCCCCAGUGCUCACUACAUCCCCCUUAAAGGGCUGGAGGAGCCAGUUCCCACAUGGGGCUCCUACACGGACCACAGCUGAGCAUGUCACUCCGAGGGAACAGGGGCGGACUCCCUAAGCCAACCGCUCUUCCAGGAAGAUGACAUUUGAAGAAAUGAUGGGUCUGGGACCACAGUGGGGACACCAGCCAAAUCCCCAGCAUGUCAGCCGCGGGGACCAGUCUGCUCAUCCCAGCCAGCCCUGCCACCUACAGACUGUGUGACUCUGGGCCACUCCCCACACCUCUCUGAGCCAUGCUUCCUUGUCUGUAAAGUGGGGGUGAUGUCAGAUCUGCCUCACAGGGAGCUGAGAUGGGUUAGGAGGUGUGUGCACACUGCCAAUCUCAGGAGUGGGGGCACUUCCUGUCCCCUUCACAUCCCAGCUCAGCGUGUGACCUUGGGAGCACCAUCACCCUGCAUCUGAAUGGCAGCCUCCCUUGGCAUCCUUCAGGCACCUGUCACAGGGCAGAUUACACAACAGCUGUGUAGACAAGCAG